GAUGAUUGUUGCGUUGGCAAGGCUAUGCAUGCAGCGUCGCUAUUGGCUGACUCAAACGGGCAAGGCAGACGUCCAGAUCACCUGCACGUCUGACUGUUCGCGUCACGGUAUUGACAUGCACGUCGCCAGAGUCCAUGUACGCGUUUCCGUGAGAAUAUCGACGCGUCUUGAAUCCAGCAUACACUCCAACAGCCCUAUUGUGUGAAGGAACGCCUAGCUUGGAUUUUGUACGAGAUGACGAGCUCCAAAGACCGGUACGAACCUCGUACGCUGAUUCGGAGCAUUUCGCCUCCAGCAAAACGGCGACGGACGACUUCGAAGGACGACAUACGCGUAGAUACGCCAGAAGCUCUAGAACGAAAUCCGUGGGAACGAACCCCUCUGAGCCCCGAGCUUUCAGACAUUCGGGUCCUGAGAAUUCGUAAAGACAUAAGUAGCGCGGCCAUCAGGUGCGAGUUGUUGGUUGUGUCUUUGGAUGAUAAUCCCGACUUCGAAGUGCUCUCGUACGUUUGGGGGGAUUGCAGCAUCACCAAGUCGAUACAUGUUGAUGAGGUUCGGUUCAACGCUACAGUCAACCUGUUUGACUUCCUUAGCGCUCUGCGACUCGAGUCACAAGAUAGGAUCCUUUGGGCUGACGGCAUCUGCAUUGAUCAGAAAAAUGAAGAGGAGAAGAGCCAUCAGAUUGGCCUUAUGACAAGGAUAUAUCGCCAAGCAACAGAAGCACACGUGUGGUUUGGUCCAUUUGAUGCCCGGACUUGGUCUCAGGAAUUCGACAGUGACGAAAAGUACACUUCAGCGUCCAAAAUGACACCUGAAAAAUGGAAGCAGUACCAAAGGAAAGGCACAACUUCCCUCACAUAUCUUUUAAAGCAACCGGGCUUUACAUGUCUGGAACAGUUUGAGCUAGAAGAGUUCGCAGCUCGUUGUCGAGACGACAUCUUCCUGCAGACCUUAGCCAUGCUCGACGAGAUGGCCAAAGGCGAUCAUUUGUACACUUACCCUGUCGUCGCACUCACUCACUCCAGCGAAAAUGGCUCUCAACAUAUACUCAAUGCAUCCUGGCUUACAGUCAUGGAUUGCAUUCGCUGGCUCAUCACCCGUCCUUGGUGGUCUCGUGUUUGGACACUACAGGAGGCCGCGCUUCCGAGGGUUGAUCCAACAGUCCAUGCGCCACCAUACACAUUCCGGCUCUCGCGGCUGCUGAAUGGCGUCGAUUCAAUGUGGUAUCACAAUAACUCCAUUUGCUGCAAGUGGUUUGGACAGCCAAUCACGACAUCAAACCGCGAUGACCAUGAGUACGCAGCAGAGUACACACAGUGUCGUGCUGUGCAUGGCCAAAGAAGUAUUCUCGCAGAAGCCGAACAAGAAGGGCUCGGUGUGCCGCUCGACAUGGUUGUGGGCGCGACGCAAGGACGCAAGGCGACUGAGAUCCGAGAUCACUGGUUUGGUAUCUUCGGAUUUCUGCCAGAGAGAUGGCAGGAACAGUCGAAACUGUUUCCGGCUCAUUGCACCGUUACUGAGCUCUUUUCUCAGUGCUCCAAUUUGCUGUAUCUGGAAAGUGCGGACUUGACACAGCUUGACGCAGCUCGGCGGUGCAAAAAGAGUCUUGUUGAACGUCUCCCGUCUUGGGCAAUCGACCUGUCCGACCCUCGUGACGUUCAUGAGGAAGACCAUCGUUGGACGUUGUUUAACGCUUGCGGAAAGGCCACAUACAACCGCAAUACAGAGUGGCCCGAGUUAAGGAGCCCUGAACUCAACAUCAACGUGAUACAUGUCAGCAGCGUACAAGUAUGCUCUGCGAGUAUCCUACCAGCUCCACAUGGUCCCGAAGAUCUGCGAAUUCUUGUCAAUGACUGACUUACCUUGUAUCGUAAUAGCGCUUCGCCCUUCGAUGCUGAUGCGUUCUGGAGAGCGGCAUUCAUGGACAGAAACGUCCAAAAACAUUGGUUAUCGAGAAAGCGGGGCCCUCUAAGCUCAGUCCGAGUCAACGAGAUCAAGCAGUGGUGGGCAGCAUGGAACAGAACACGCGA